AUGGCGCCAAACGGUUCCCCAUUUUAGCGCGAAGAGCACUCACGCUUAAAUUAGCUGUAAUUUGUAAAGUUUAACAUUAAGUUGCUGUUUUAAUUGUUCAAAAAUGUUAGUAAAGUGUGCUUUGGUUCUAUUUUGUAUUUCAUCAGUAUUUUGUGAUAGAACUGAAGAGCCGAGAAGUGCCAAAAUAUUUUCAUUUGAAGGCACCAAAGGGGAUUUUGAGGUGGGUUUGGAUUUUUCACUCCCGUUUCUAAAGAUACCAGUAAAAUCUCCUGUGGAUCCUGGAACACCGUAUGCGCAUCAUGGCCUGGAUUUCCCAAAAAUCAAUGUGAAUUUGUCUUCGCUGUUCGUCGGUGGUCUGAUAUUAUUCAUAACUACUGUUAUUUCACCGCUCCUUUCCAAAACUCAUGGAAUCAAUCCCUGGGAUCGCUCUUCUAGAGUUUCAGAUAAUGAAGCAGACUAUAAUCCGCUGUUAGAUUUUAGCCACGAAAUGUUGAUAAAGAACAGAGGAUGUUUGGAACGAAUCGCUUGUACAUCCAGCCAGCACCUACAUGAUAUUAAUAGUUUGAGAUCUAUGAAGCUGAUAAUGAGGAACAACCUGUUAUCAUCAAUAUUAAACACCACGGCAUUAGAAGAAGCAGCAGACCAUGGUCUACAAGGCAGUGAUUGUGACAAAUUUGGCCCAUGUAGUUUGGGCGCGGAAGAUUUUAUCAGAGUUCUUAAUAAUCUCGCUGGCAUAAAGAAAAGGAAAUAGGAAUAACUUUUGUUUAAGAAAAUUAUUGUUGUAUUGUUAAGUUUGUUUUAAUAAAUGU